CUUUAGGACUUACGAUUUUGUUUAUUUUUGUGAAGGAAGUUCCUCACAAAAUACCGCUAUCCUCAAAAAGUGUUGAAUAUUUUCAGUCCGUUUGUCAAUCAAACAGAAGAAAAGAAAGUAAAGCUUCAAACAAGACCAAAAGCAUGUCAAUUGUUUCGCUUAAACAUAGUUUUUUUGACUCUACAAGUUUGGUCUGCUGAAGUGUGUUGACAUUUCUUUUGGCUUCUGAGCUGGGUGGAGUUGAUUUGGGCUGUCACUCCCUUUACAGUACACUGCACAUUUUGCAAAUUGAGGAGUGGUUUUGAUUUGAAAUAGAAGCAAUGACCAUGGGAGAGGAGACCCUGCAUUCACAAAUGGCACUGCCAGUAGUCAUUGGUCCAAUACUUGAAAAGUUGGAAAAGAAAGACAUUGCUGCUGCACAAACAUUGAGAGCUGCUUUCACAAAGGUCGAGGUAGUUCAUCCAGGUUUCACAUACGAUCUCAUCAAAGCGUUAUUACACAAGGGUGAAGUCUUCAAUAAGAUUGAUAUGUGUGAAGCUCUACUUAGGCUAGAAAAAAUCAAUGAAUCAGAAGAAUUCCAAAUUGAUCGGUCCGAGGAUAUCUACCGAACACUGAAUGUCAAGUCUAGGGCACUGAAGAAGAUCCUGAGCUGGAUACCAGAUGAGAUCCAUGACAGGAAAAAGUUUCUUGAAACAAUUAAAGAUAUAGCGAAUGCCAUCCGAAACCUUCUUGAUUCGGUGAGUAAGAUUACGGAGGAGAUGAAGGACAGGGGGAAUCCACAGUUACAGAAUCUGGAGCAGCAGAAGAGAGAGUUUGUCAAAUAUUCCAAACGAUUCAGCAAUACACUCAAGACGUACUUUAAAGAUGGACAUCAAAAUGAUGUUUACAUCAGCGCGAAUCAUCUUAUCCACCAGACAAAUCUGAUCAUGAAGACACUGAAGGUGGCCUCAUCUUAGAAGAUCUGCUCAUCUUGGUGGCAGUUUGCCAAAAUAUCUUUAGUUGUCUGUAAUUUAUUUAUGUAUGCUAGGGUUAAAAAAUUGGCCACCAACAAAUGCUUUCGAUUCAUUUUGUGUGCCUAGCUACAUGUUUAGAGGCCAUGCAGACUACUGGGUCACAGAAAACGACACAGUUUUGGACAUGAAAUUUACAUCAUCGGCACACUUUGUUGUUGAUUUGACGACAGGAGUAUAACAGUGUUUCAAGGUCAAUAUCACGGACACAGAUUGAUGUUCAAAAUGCUAUCCAAAUGACGUCACUGCAUGACCUCUUUUGCCUGUACCCAUCUAUUGGGAUUUUGUUGGCUACACACUUGAGGCUGUUUUCUCAAUUUUGAGUAAAAGGGUGGAAUAAAAAUAAGGACGAAAAUAAUCAAGUGCAUUGAAAUAAUGUCCUUUCAAGAAAAUUUCUAUCUAUUCUUGAGUAGUCCUGUAAAUACGAGUACACUUACUACUAAAUUGAGGCUGGCAGCUUAAAUUGGCAAAGACCAAUCAUAUUCUGUUUGGUUUUAACAUAUCAGCAAAUGCCUCUUGACCUGUUCUGUUUCUGUGACAUAUCUUCUGUUGGGUUCAACCAAGUAUAAAUAAAUAGUAAGUUCAGGUGACUGAUCUGCACUGUAAGGAGACAGGGUCUUGUUCAGUUUAGCGAUAGUCAUUUUCCUCAUACAAGUGUAAAAGGUUUUGAUGUUUUGUGAGAUAGGAGUGACCUAUUGGUGACUUUGUGUAACUUAGUCUGACCUACCUGGCUCUCCACCAUAGACUCCCUUUAACAUUUGAUAUCUAUUACAUUUAGUGGUUUAGGAGUAAUGAAAAAAUAACUCAUCCUCUGACCUGGCUUUAUAAAACAAUUUGUUGUUUGAGUAACAUUUGUGAGGGUUACAUGUACAUGUAUAUUCAAAAGACUGCUUGCUACAUGAAUUUAGUUGUAUAUACAUAUAUCUUGAGACUUCUCCCUUCUAACAGUAACACAUGUCCUUGGCUUGUUAUAAAGGCCCUUGUAUGUAAUGGAAAUGGACUAAUCUGGUUGUAUAUUUAGAGCCAUAACCUUAAAAACUGUUGAAAUUCAAAACUACUUGUAGAUCCUACUUUCUGUCAUACAAUUCUAGCUGCCUCGUUCCUUUCUUGCAUAGAUGUAUGAAAGUCCUCUGCUCUGUGGCUCAUAACAUAAGAUGACUUCAGAAUCAAACAACCAAAAAUUGGUAUCAUGUUUUGCCUUAGGGGAUAAAAUUAACCUGUUGGUACCACUCCAUGUAGCGAUACCUGUAUGUAAAGUUUACAAUUUAGGUUUAGAUCCAAAAUGUAAUUUUUACAAACCUAUAUUUUUAAAUUAUGCGUAAGUUGAAUAAAUGACAUAUACAUA